AAACCGAGGGGGUUUCUUAUAGGGCAGCACAAGUUUACACAAGCAGGACCUGACUUGUUAUAAUUUACAGUAUCCGAUUCUUCUCGCUGUGUUUGAUUUACCCUCGAUUGGAAGAUGACCACAGCCGUGGUGUCGCCUUUCUUCGACUUUAGCGAAGUGAUCAACAACAAGAACAAAAUGCUGAACUACAAUAAUAACAUCCUCAGUACUCCACACCCUGUCUCUGUCCCUUGCACGGGGCCAAGUCUGCCCAUCUCCAACCCCACUGGGUGCCUGCUGGACAGGAAGGCUGUGGGGACACCCUCAACUAUUGGGGUUUACCAGCGCCGGCACUCUGUCACUUCAGCUAACACCAAACUCAACCAAAACCAGUUCUUGAACUUUGCUAACGCAGAUCCAUCCUUUCUCUGCUCGGAGACUGGAACGACCGGCAGCAGCAACAAAGAGAACCGACUUCGAGACCGCUCUUUCUCGGAGACGGGGGAUCGCCUGCUACAGAAGUGUUCGGGCCCUGGAGGCCCCAACAGCCAGGUCAACUCGAGCCGUUACAAGACAGAGCUAUGCAGGCCAUUCGAGGAGAACGGCGCCUGCAAGUACGGAGACAAGUGCCAGUUUGCCCAUGGCAUUCAUGAGUUGCGCAGCCUAAGCCGCCAUCCUAAGUACAAGACAGAGCUCUGCCGCACAUUCCACACCAUUGGCUUCUGCCCCUAUGGCCCACGCUGCCACUUCAUCCACAAUGCGGAAGAGCGCCGUGGACCUCCUCCAACCUCAUCCCCCCUUUCAUCCUCCAAUAAAAUGGAGAGGCCGCGGCUGCAACACAGCUACAGCUUUGCAGGGUUCCCCAGCUCUGGAGGCUUGAGGGACAGCCCCUGCUCCGUCACCCCUCCACCUAUAUUUUCCCCAGACGAUCUGCCCGAGUGGCCUAGCAGUAACCCCUUUACAUAUUCCAGCCAGGAGCUGGCAAACCUCUUCAGCCCCAGUCUGGGCAAUGCACCUUUAUCCUGCUCCGACCCUUCCACCCAGGCCCCAUCUUCCCCAACGACCCCUUACUACUUCAGGGCCAUGUCCGAGUCUCCCCAACUCUACGAGUCUCCAUCCAGUCAGCCAGACUCGCUUUCUGACCAAGAGGGCUACCAGAGCAGCUCAAGCGGAAGUCUGAGCGGCUCCGAAUCUCCCACCCUGGACACCACCCGCCGACUGCCCAUCUUCAGCAGGCUUUCCAUCUCUGAUGACUAAAGCACAUUGAGCCAGACCCCGUCCCCCUUUCCACUGCAUGCAGCAGUCUUGGGCAGAGAGGAUGAGACGCUAGCACUCCCUCUACCUCUCACCAUUUCUCUGGCACCCUAGAAGCCGUAGACUUCCCUCCUUGUAUCACCUCCGCUCUGAAACCGAUGCAGUGAAUUAAGGGAUCUUUCUCUUUUUUGAAGACUCUUUUUAACCAGAACAAGCUAAAACUCUCCCGGCCUCAAGGCUCUUCUGUUUUCCGUGCCUCAUCUUGCAGAGCCCCUGCUAUGUUUUUGGUGUGACUGUGCCAAACACGCAGAGUAGGAAGUGGAUUAGCGAAAUGCUAAUCGUGAGCGGUAUGAGACCGUUGUGCCAGGUGCCACAGCUGCAGUCAAGUGUAGCGGAGCCGGUGGCACGGUUAUGGGAGAGAUCUGUGCCCACCCCCCUCACAAAUUACCACUCUUCUCAAGGACACUCUUUCAUAACUAACUAAAGCUCAAAAGUGUCAUGCUAAGACCUUUCACAACUGUCUUUGUAGACCGGCUUAAAGCAAAAAUGGGAAAAGAAUAAGAAAAAAAAAAGACAAGUGCCUGUGGUUAAGUGUUGGGGUCAAGGGACCACUGUUUCUUUUAUCUUUAUUGUGUUUUUGUUUGCUCCUCGUGGCCUGAUUAUGUAGCUCUGGUUUUGAGUGUGUGCUCUCCCUCCCUUGAAACUGCAGAUUACACCAGUCUGCAGGAAGAACUUCGCUCAUAAGAGUUGAAUGAAAAUGGAGCUCUGGAAUAUUUUGGGCACAUUCAAAUAUUCAGUCCGGUGCUGUGUGCUCUGUGUCUCGUCUACAGCCAGCACGAAGCCCGAGACGGGAUGUCUCCACUCGAAACAUGAACAAUUCCUUAAAAGUUUUUUGUUGUUGUUGUUGAUGUAAGUGCCCCUUUUCCCCAUUAGUCGCUGGUUCCUUAAAGUUUGUUGGGAAGGGAAUCUUGUUCUUAAACCUUAGAGACAAACUCUUUCUUCUGUCCCACCUCAAAACGCCACCUUCUCUCGGACCAAUCAGCAAACAGAGGGAGAAUUCCAUCAUUCCCAAGGUGCUGUGAUGCCCUGCAGCUUCACUAUAGUUCUUUUUUUCUUUUUCUUUUUUUCUCGUAGAUUCUUCUCAGAGGAGCACCUUGUGAUUUCAUCAUCUUUCCAUCUCUUGGUUUUGAUUUUUAUUAUGGUCAUUGUUUAUUAUUAUUAUUAUUAUUAUUAUUAUUAUGGUUAUAUUAUUGUUGUUUGAAAACCUUUCAGAACCGAAGGGUUUGCUUGUCACUGCUUAUUUAACUUAUCAAAACAUAUUUAUUGGUGAUCAUAUGCAUUUUUUUUUUUUGGUUAAUUUUGUUUGUAUUUAUCUUGAUAAUGAAACGAUAGAAUAUAUUUUCUUUUAUGUUAAAUUAUGAUCUUCUGUAUUAAUCUUAAGAUUGUGAAGACUUGUCAGCUUUCUUUUUUCACAGUUUAAUAUAUUGUACUACAAUGACUUUUGUUGGCAACUACACUUAAAUGAAACUUAAUUUAAAGCAAAAAAAAAAGCAAAAACAAAAAAAAAAUCCUCUGCAUUUUGAUUUAUUUAUUGUAGAUUUAUUGUCAUUCCCUUUUUUCAAAUAUUUGACCGCAAAAUCAGUGUAACCAUACAAUAAUUCCUCUAUAAUAAACUCACAGGAGUGUCAGAAGUUAUUUUUAAAAAUGAAAGGAAAAGAACCCCCACCCCCACCCCUUUUUUUUUUUUUUUUUUGAGUUGAGCUUAGGUUCCACUUGUAGCAAAUUAUGUGACGGUGAAAAAUCUUAAUUUUUAAGCAUCAAAUGGUGAAUUUUUGUUGUGAAAAACAAACUUAGAGUACCAAUCCAGUUUACUGAAUGCCUGAGAUAGAUUUGAUCUAUGGAACAAAUUAUCUUGUUUUAAUAAAAAACAAACAAACAAAAAAAGUUGAUUAAGAUACAUAAGUUUAGUGGCCUUAAAAUACAUGCAACACAUUUUAAAUACCACCAUGAAGUGUUUUUUUUUUUUGUUUUUUUUCAAUGUUCGUUACAAAGGUUUAAUGAUGUUGCAAGUAAUAAACCUCCAGUGUUAAAGUAGUUUAUUUGGUUGACGGUGGUGGACAUGGAAAGGCAGGCAAUAAUUGUGACCUAAUGAGUUGAAGUUCUAUUGUCUUUGGACAUUUGGAGCUUUUGGCCUAUAUGUAAAGUGCCUCUUUUACACAUUCCAUGAGCAAGCGUUCUUUGCCUUAAACAAAGCUAGGAUGCUUUUUUUUUAAAUGACUUACUGCUUGUAUCCUGAUUGUCCAAGUUGGUUAACAGUAUAGACACAAAGAAAGUAUCUGAAGAGUUGAAUGUAUUUUGUUUUCAUAUAAACAGCUAUUGUUGUUCACUACAGUAAUUUUUAUGAGUUUAUAUAAGAUUGAGCGCUCUUUUUGUAAUGACUGAUUGCAGUUAAAACCAAUAAAAACCCAUAUUUUUCAGAAAAUAAA